AUGAACAAUGGCAGCGCCGAAGCGAUUCCGAUUGUCCAUGACGGCGUGAUGUAUAUCGUCGAGCCCGGCGCCGUCGUGCGCGCGGUCGAUGCCACCAACGGCGACAGCGUGUGGGAAUAUCGCCACGAUGCGGGCGAUGCCGCCGGGCGGGCACGAACCAAGACCCUGGCGAUCUAUGGCGACGUGAUCUUAUACACGGCGCCCGACGGCUACAUUGUCGCUCUGGACGCGGUCAAUGGCGAGGUCCGGUGGCAGACCUAUGCCGGUGAAGCCGACCACACUUCCGGCCCCGUGGCCGUCAACGGCAAGGUGAUUUCCGGACGCGCAUGCGCACGGACCCGCGAGAGCUGCUUCAUCGCUGCCCACGACAUCGAAACCGGCGAGGAACUGUGGAAGUUUUUUACGGUUCCCGGUCCGGGCGAGCCAGGAUACGAAACCUGGGGCAACCCGUCUCCUGAAACGCACGACAGGAACAUGGCAUCGACCUGGGGCCUGCCCGGAUCCUACGACCCCGAAACCAAUACCGUGCUGUGGGGCGUCGCCAAUCCGAUGCCAAACACGCGGGCGGCGCGUCAUGACGGCGAAGUCGACACGAUUCCGCGCACGUCGCCUUCGGAUCUGUACAGUAACUCCACGCUGGCGCUGGACCCGGACACCGGUGAGUUGAAAUGGUAUUUCCAACACCUUCCCGGGGACGACUGGGACGAGGACUACACCAACGAACGGAUCUUGACCACGAUCCGUUUCAACCCCGAUCCGGAAUACGUCAAAUGGUUCAAUCCGAACGUUCCUCGCGGCGAGGAACGCGACGCCACGGUAAUGGUGGGAGAGGGCGGAGGUAUAUUUGUGAACGACCGCCGAACGGGCGAGUUCCUCUGGGCCACGCCGUUUCCGUUCGACACCGAACGAUUCCUGAUCUCGAACAUCGAUGGCGCCACGGGCCGGACCGAGCUCAACUGGGACCUCGUCCUCGAAGGAUUUGCCGGCGAAAACCACUUGACUCUGCUCUUACAACACGGACCAGUUUCUGCCGUCUUUCGUCACCCGGACAAUUCGCUAUACAUCCCUAUGUCGACACCUCUCAACAUUGUUGACUCGUGA